AUGGUAUUGUCAAAUACGCUUCGCUGGGGCAUGUCCUCGCCGUCACAACUAUUACAUUGGAAACGUUGUUUCAUGCACAGAGGGUUAGGUUGUUGCUGCGACUACUUCACUCCAAUACGUAAACCGAUGGCGACAAUGACAGGACAAUUGUCACUCGACGAACUCAGCUUUCACCGAAGUUAA